AUGAUAAUUUUUAGUGAAUUAUCAAUUGUUAUAAAUUAUUCUAAAAUAUUUAAUUUACCAUUUUGGUUUGCAAUGACAAUAGCUGGUUUACUUGGUUUUUCAAUGGGUUAUGUUACUGGUUAUCAAAUACAAAUGACAAGUCCAUUAAUACAUAAUGUAUCAGGUACAGCAAAAUCUUAUGUACAAACAUUACUUGCUGUUAUUGUUUAUAGUGAAACUAAAACAACACUUUGGUUGAUAUCAAAUUUAUUUGUACUUGGUGGUUCAGGUCUAUUUAAACAUGUUCGAGCAACAGAAAUGAAACAGAAUCAUAAUGCAAAUAAAAAUAGUGAUAAUAAUUCAACAACAUCUUUACCAAAAUGA